GAAAAAAAGUGUAAGCCACAAUGGGAUGAUAAAAAAUAAGAAAGUAUGCUGGAAAAUAUAAAAUGAACUCAGCAUCAGAAAAGCCCUACUUAACGCCUCUCACUUUUUCUACUGUUUCUUUGUUGAAGAAAGAAGAUGAAUUGCACAAGUGAGCCUGAAUAUUGUCGAUCAAGUGAAUUAAAAGCUUUCGAUGAUUCAAAAGCUGGUGUUAAAGGACUCGUCGAUGCUGGAAUUACCAAAAUCCCUCGAAUUUUCCAUCAACCUCCUCAUCUUUUACAUAAUAUUUCCCAUACUGAUAACAAUUUCAGUUUUCCUACCAUAGAUCUUCAAGGUUUGCAAAAUAGUGCAGAUUCGCGCAAGGAGAUUGUGGAAAAAGUUCGGGACGCGUCAGAAAACUGGGGAUUUUUCCAAGUUGUUAAUCAUGGGAUUCCUAUCCAUGUUCUUGAGGAGAUGAAGAAUGGAGUUCAUCGAUUUCACGAGCAAGAUACUCAGGUGAAAAAGGGAUAUUAUACUCGCGAUUCGACUAAAAAGGUAGAUUAUGUUAGCAAUUUUUAUUUGUAUAGAUCACCAGCAGCUAAUUGGAAAGAUACAUUGGCUAUCCAAAUGGCUCCUCAUCCUCCAAAACCUGAAGAGAUUCCACAAACUUGCAGAGAUAUAUUGAUGGAGUACUCCAAAGAAAUAAUGAAAUUGGGGAAGUUAUUGUUUGAAUUGUUAUCAGAAGCUCUUGGUUUGAAACCUAACCACUUGAAAGAAAUGGAUUGUGACAAAGGUCUUCUUGUUUUGUGCCAUUACUAUCCACCGUGCCCUCAGCCGGAAUUAACCUUAGGCACGAGCAAGCAUACCGAUAAUGACUUCCUCACUCUGCUCCUCCAAAAUCAUAUCGGCGGCUUACAAGUGCUCCAUCAAGAUAACUGGAUUAAUGUUCCUCCCAUGCCCGGUGCGAUAGUGGUUAACAUUGGAGAUCUUCUGCAGCUCGUAUCAAAUGACAAGUUUAAAAGCGUUGAGCAUAGGGUGCUGGCGAACCGAGAAGAAGGAGCAAGAGUAUCGGUGGCAUGUUUCUUUAGUACAGAUUUAUUGUCUGCACCAAGACGUUACGGACCUAUUAAGGAGCUAUUAUCGGAAGAUAAUCCUCCUAAAUACAGAGAAACUACGGUCAAAGAAUUUUCUGAACACCGUAAUGCUAAUGGCCUUAACGGAAUUUCUUCUCUGCUUCACUUCAAGCUCUGAGAACUUGCAAUCCAAUCAACAUGUAAAACUGGUUAGCAGUCUUAUAAUAUUUGAUCUUCGUGUCAACAGUAUUUUUGAUAAAAUAUCCCACAUUGCUAAUAUAAUGAGUUUGUGAAGCUAAGAGGUCAACCAAUGACUAGUUCUUCUAGUCAUCUUGGUUAUGGUUCGAUCCAAAUCCAUUAUAUAUUGUCACGAGUUUGAACU